AUGGCAGUGGCCACAGCUUCAAGCAUUGGAACUGUCCAAAGCCAGCCUCCGAUUCUAGAGGCUGGUUCCGAAAUUACGUCCGCGACCCCUGACUCUGGCUUUGUGCCCGGAAUCGAAGCUGAAAGUGGCUCCGGAACCACCAGCACCGAAAGGCCAAGUGGCACCGAUAGCGGCUUUGAUUUUGUUGCGGAUAUCGCCAAAGGCUUCGGAUUGAGCCAGUUCAACGGCUUCGACACCAAUCCUGGCGGCCUCGCACAAGGAGGAGCACUUGGUCUCAAUCACGCACUCGGAGGAGGUGGCUUGGGAGGGCUCGGUCACGGCGCUGGUCUUGAAAACUUCUACGGGUCUCUCCUGGGAUCUGGAAACCCUGCAUUUGCGCAAGCAGCCCCAUUUCUAGGCUUGGGAGGAGGAGGAAAAGGAAGCCGUGGUUACAGCAGCGUUAAGACAUACAACUACAAAUUUGAUUCCAAUGACCCCUCCAACGGAGCUAAACAAGCCUAA